UUUUUUUCAUAUUAAUAGUGCAAAGCAUAUGGAAACUUCUUGUGAAGAACCCAUUGCAGCUACACACGUCACUCUGUGCCAGACUUGCACUGUGCUUGCAUUCUAGCAAAUAUUUCUAGCAAAAAAAUUAGGGAGGGAGUGAAUCCUACUUGCUUUAUCAACUGGAUUAAACAGUUGCCACUGCCAAGUGUGACCCAGGGGCACAGACAAUCAGGACCCCAAGCCUGGCCUGUGUUAUUGUUGAUACAUCGUGGGCACCCUUGUUCAGCUUUGGGAUCAAGAAGUCAAGGGGAAGUCAAAGUCAUCAUGGGCUUUUUUUCACAACUGUUCCACUGAUUUUGAACUAUCCUCUCUGUAUUUGAGAAGAGAAUUAAUGUUGCUGUCUGAGAAACAUAAGUGUUGAUUUUACUAUAGUGGGGUAAGACUAAUGAAAUACUGGGAUGUGUAACCUCAGGCUCCAAGUCAUCCACCAACAGUUUAAUGUACUAAAUCAGUUGUAGUCAAUUGGUGAAGUCCAUUGUCAGAUUUGCUCAGACUUUAUCCAGGCACCAUAUCUGCAUCUCCAAAGACAGGUCUAUGUAAGAACAGAACAAAUAGUGAUUAAGAGCUUCCAGACUUUGCCCCCACAGCCCUAACGUAGUUUCAGUUAGCUCACAUGCAGUUUCUGUUCAGAUAAGUCACAAUGAAAUAGUGACACUGAAGUAUACUCUGCUUUCUUCAGGGUUUUAACAGACUUUGCCUGAAAGCAAACUCAAGAAUUUGGCAGUAGGCGAGUACUAAGAAAUUAGUAUAUGACAACAUUGACUUUUCUAGUGGCAUAAUCGUGAGAAUGUGCAUCGAACUCUGGAUUGUGAGCCUGUGGCAGUAUACCUGAAUGCAGAGAUGAGCUUGUCAAACAGCCUUGUGUAGCAACAUGGCCUUUGAGGAACACAAAACGUGUCAGAGAUCUCCAGAUAACAUAAUUUGGUUUGAAAUAGGCCUCCAGAACUUCAAAGUUAGAUCACAUUACUCAGGGCCUCGUCCAAUCAGGUUUUGGAAACCUCUGAGAUGGAGACUUCUCUGUCUUUCUGGGCAACCUGUUUCAGGGCUUAACCACUUACAAUGAAUUUCACAAUUUCUUUUGCUGCAAUUUGUGACCACUGUUUCUUGUCCUUUCACUGAUGCACCUCUGUCUUCCAUGUAAUUGCCCUUGAGAUAUUUGACAAUUGAAUUCUCUCAAACUUUCUCUUCUUGAGACUGAACAAUCACAGUCCCUCAGCAUCUCCUCAUAUAUUACGCAGUCCACGCACUUACUAUUUCAGUGACCCUUCACUAUACUCUCCAGUUUAUCAGUAUCACUUUGGUGCCGAAAGGCCCCAAACGGGAUGGAGUGUUUGAGGUGUUGCCUCACAAGUAUAAAGCAGGGUUCAUUUCCAUCUGCCAGCUAGCUGUGCUCUUGCUAAUGCAGCUGUACACGUUUCCACCCUUGACUCGUGUUGAGUUUACUUUCUACCAGCAUCCUCUAGCCUGUUUCAUGGACUUAUGCUGUCCCAGGUGCAGAACUUGCAUUUGUCUAUGCUGAAUUUCACAAGGUCCUUGUUGGCCCUUUCCUGUAGCUUGUUAGGGUCUCUCUGAAUGGCAGCGCUGACCUCCAGCAUGUGAAUUGGUCUCUUGCAUUUGAUGUCAUCCAUGAACUUGAUGAAGGUGCAUUCUGUCCUAUUGUCAAGGUUCAGGUCAUUGAUGAAGAUAUUAAACAGUAUUGAACCUGUUGUAACCAACUUUCAGUUAGACUUUGAACAAUUGUUCUUUGAGCCUGAUAUUGCUGCCACCUUUUAAGCUCAUUCAUCCAGUCCACACUGCCCUAGUUUGGCUGCAAUGAUGCUCUGGGAGACCAUGUCAAAAGCCUGCCAUACUUAGAGCCCACAGAACAGGUUAUUUUAUUGUAGAAGGCAGUCUCAGGUUUAUCAGGCGAAAUUUUUCUGCAGUAAAUCUGAAACAGCUGUUCCCAGUCACCUAUUUUGUCCCUUGCGUACCUGGAAAUGACUUCUGGGAGGACUUGUUCUUCUUCAAAUAGGAAAAUUCUUAUGUUUUACAGCGUGCUCCUAGCAAAUUUCAAUAGCAGAAAUUAAAUCUGUAGCAACAAGUUGGUCAAAGACUUAGAAAAUUCUGCCUCGGUAUCCUAAGAAAGAAUUACACCUCUUGCAAGUUGGGUCUGUGGUAAGGCCGGAGCACUGGCAGCUCAAGCCGCUGUGGCUCAGGCAUGUGAGGACAAUCUCGCAGCCGUACGUACCUGACAGAGCACAGUGCAGUGUUUGUGCUUGCUGAUACCGCAGGACACAAAAGGAUGUCCUCAAAUGUGCCGCGUCCUGAUAUCCAUGUGUUUUCCUCUGUAAAGUAAGAAACCAGGAGAUGUUAUAUGAAGUGCAAGUUUGUGGAGAAAUUUGUUCUUUGAGAUUAGCUUCUUCCAGGUUCAAUGCCACGGAAAAGGCUUGGCUGCUGGGAGGACACUUGUGCUUCUUGAGUGCCUGGAUACUGUGCCAUUUUUGAUCUACCAUUCAAACACAAUUUGCCAGGCUGUGGCAAAAUGCAGCCUGUCCUACAAGCUGCUCUUUUCCUUUGAAAGCUGGCAACAGCAGCGUGUGCCGACUCCCUUUGCUGAGAACACGAGUUCCUGCCUGUUACAGAAGAUAUCUAGUGAAGAAAAGGUAGAAGGGGAGGUGCAAGAGAUGGAAAAGCAGCACUACUAGACCUUUUUGGGUGGGGAGCCCAGUGCUUAUUUGGCAAAGCAGCAGCCAGCAUUGAGCAGUGAGGAGGGAAGCCUUGGAACCUGCAACUGCCCUUGCUCUAUUUUCAGGCAGUUGGGGACUUAAAUCCUGCCACCGCAAUUUGGGAGGUGACACCAGCCAUAUGGAAGUGUCUUAGCCUGUUUUUACGAAUGCACAAGUAUUAGCAGCAGGCUUCCUCUGUGUAGCUGUAGGGAGUUAGCUUGACUGUUGUCACCUCUGACAAUGAAAGUUGUCCCCUCCUAUCCCCAAAAUGCUGAAUGAGUAUGUCUUGAUAGAUUUUAUUUAACAGUGAUUUGCGCCUAAGGAUCACCUCGGUUCUGACAUGGUCUGAGGCAGCCUGUGUUCACAUUCACUGAAGCAUCUGAUCAUGAUGAAAAGAGUCUCACAUGGUCAAACGAGUCUCCUUCUAUUAUUGCCAGUUGUUCUGGAUUCUUAAGGAAUCAUUAACAAGUAGUAAAAUAAUAGCCACUCUUAAUCAGCUGGGUGUUCUGUGAUUGUACACGAACAUAUCCUCUACCCUUGUGAUCUCUGAGAAGGGGAUUUUUAAAGUACUGUUUCAGCCAAAUGAAGUCAUUUCUAAUGAACGAACAUGUAAAAAUAUCUUUUUAUGUGUUUCCUAGUUUGGAGACUCAACUUUCUUAGAGAAAAUCCCAUUAUUGAUAUGCAGGAAAUAUCUUAGAUUUUUUCUAAGUGGCUAUAUAAUGUACAAAUGAAUGUUUCUACAUAUGGAAACAAUUCAAACAAGUUACAAAUCUACACUUCUCCACAAAAUGUACAUGUUUAUUCACAUGCAUGCUAUUUAUUCUGUCAACCAAAGGGCCUAAUUGGUGUAGUCUUUGAAAUUUUUUUUGGUAUGAAUGUGUGAUUUGCUUGCUCUCUAAAGUAUUCAGAUCAAAUUUUAUCUGUGAGCACAAAUGGAAACUCAAACUCUGAUUGUCCCUCUGGGCUACACCCGGAGUGUCCUGGAAUGCGAAUCUCUCAUUCUAUCUGUGAUCUUUGCAUGAUGUUCCCAAAACAUUUACAAUUCUUUUGCAUGAGCCUAGAGGAGGAUCACUGACAUUUAAGGACUUAGAAGAGAUUUUUGUUAUUCUGGGACUAAUCUCUGAUAAUAGAUUGUGAGUUUGUAUUCCAGUGUUAUGUAGUCCCUCUGGAUGUGGUUUGUUUGGAUGGGUGGAAUGGAAGCUACAUUCUUUUCUGGGGUGACUUCAGUACUCAGCCUGAUCUACAUAGGCUCCUUACAUCGCAAUGUGAGGAAACACAUUUGACGGCACCUGUGAAGACUGAGAUUGCGUCAGAAGUCUGAGCAAAAGAUACCUCUGCAAAAUAUAUCUGAUUUGGAGCCCUAUACUUGCUUGACCAGACACUUCAGAAUGACAGGAGCACCCACUCAAGCACAUCAGGAGGUUUAGUGCAAAGACUGAUGCAGAAAUGGAAUUAGUGAAAAUCAAACAUUUUGUUGGUUGCAAGGACCCACAGGCAUCUACGUCAAUCUUUGUAAAGAAGUGCCAUCUACAGCCUAUCUUAGGCAAACUCUUCCCUGAUAAUUAAGGCUAUGUACUCAACCAACCGAGGGACAGUAGGUGGAUUCUUCCUGGCUGGACGAAGCAUGGUUUGGUGGCCGAUUGGUGCUUCCCUGUUUGCCAGUAACAUUGGCAGCGGACAUUUUGUGGGAAUAGCAGGAACAGCAGCAAGUGGAGGAAUUGCCAUCGGAGGGUACGAAUGGAAUGCUCUGAUAUUCGUGGUUGUUCUAGGAUGGCUGUUUGUACCCAUCUACAUCAAAGCUGGGGUGGUGACAAUGCCAGAGUAUCUGAAGAAGCGUUAUGGUGGGAAACGGAUUCAGAUCUACCUGUCAGUCCUUUCUCUAUUCCUGUAUAUCUUCACAAAGGUCUCAGCAGACAUAUUCUCUGGAGCUAUAUUUAUACAGCUGGCCAUAGGGCUGAAUCUUUAUUUGGCCAUAAUUAUCCUGCUUGCUUUUACUGCUCUUUACACCAUCACAGGUGGCCUCGCAGCUGUGAUUUACACAGACACCUUACAAACGUUUAUCAUGGUAGUGGGAUCCUUCAUUCUCAUGGGAUUUGCAUUUGCUGAAGUAGGAGGAUAUGAUGCUUUCAUGCGGAAGUAUAUGGAAGCAAUUCCAUCCAAUAUAUCCUAUGGGAACACUACAAUUGAUCCAAGUUGCUACAACCCUCGGCAGGAUGCCUUUCACAUCUUCCGAGAUCCCAUCACUGGAGAUCUGCCGUGGCCAGGGGUCAUCUUUGGUCUGAGCAUCAUUGCUAUGUGGUACUGGUGCACGGAUCAGGUUAUUGUCCAAAGAUGUCUCUCUGGCAAGAACAUGUCCCAUGUGAAGGCUGGUUGUAUCAUGUGUGGAUACCUGAAGCUCUUGCCCAUGUUUAUUAUAGUGAUGCCUGGAAUGAUCAGCCGAAUUUUGUAUACAGAUGUGGUGGCUUGUGUUGUGCCUGAACUCUGCCAGCAGUACUGUGGCACCUCAGUUGGCUGUACAAACAUUGCUUACCCAAAAAUGGUAGUGGAGCUUAUGCCAAAUGGUCUGCGGGGUCUGAUGUUGUCCGUCAUGUUGGCCUCCCUCAUGAGCUCCCUGACUUCCAUUUUCAACAGUGCUAGUACUUUGUUCACUAUGGACAUUUACACCAAAAUUCGAAAACGACCAUCUGAGAAAGAGCUUAUGUUGGCUGGAAGGGCAUUUAUGGUACUUUUAAUUGGCGUCAGCAUUGCCUGGGUUCCUGUGGUGCAGUCAGCUCAAAGUGGGCAGCUCUUCGAUUAUAUUCAGUCUGUUACCAGCUACCUGGGACCUCCCAUUGCUUCUGUUUUCGUGCUUGGCAUCUUCUGCAAGCGGGUCAAUGAGCAGGGUGCCUUCUGGGGCCUGAUCGUUGGGCUGCUGGCUGGGCUCGGUAGAAUGAUUUCGGAGUUUGCCUACGGAACCGGCAGCUGCGUGACCCCUUCCAACUGCCCCUUCAUCAUCUGCGGGAUUCACUACCUUUACUUUGCAAUUAUUCUUUUUGGGGUUUCUGCCAUCGUCAUGCUGGCCGUCUCCUUCAUGACUAAGCCCAUUCCUGAUAUCCACCUUUACCGGUUGUGCUGGUCUUUGCGGAACAGCAAAGAAGAACGUAUUGAUCUUGAUGCAGAUGAGGACAAAGCUGAUGAAAAAGAGGAGGAAUCAGUUUACGAGGAAAGUGAAGAAGAACAAGGAUGCUUAAAGAAAGCAUACAACUGGUUCUGUGGCUUAGAACAAAAAGGACCCAAACUCAGCAAGGAGGAAGAGGAAGCACUGAAGAGGAAACUGACUGACACAAGCGAAGUGCCGCUUUGGAGAAACGUUGUGAAUAUCAACGGCAUCAUCCUAUUGACUGUGGCUGUUUUUUGCCAUGCCUUCUUCGCAUAAGCCUCUGAUUACAGCUCUGAAAUUGUACUGUAUCAUCAAGCAAAACCGAUGACUUGUAGAUUUACAGAGUUAGAUACACUUCAUAUUUUCAUUGUCAACGUUUGUAAAAGAUCAGGAUGAUUUACUCGCUGAUUUUGUGAUCAUAAUUUCAACAAUGUAAAGAUUAAGGCCACUGGGAUUUCAAGAGGGAGAAUGUCUGUUUAGACACUGAAUCAGUCCAGGGCUAAUUGAGGUUCAGAAUUUCCAUCCAAUACUCUCUCUACUCGCAAUACAUUUCGUGUUUUAGGUGCGGAACAAGGCUGCAUGAGCCAGAUUUCAUAUCAGGGUUUGUGAACUAACUUUCAGGGUUGAUGACUCCAGUCUGAUUUUCAACCCUUCUUCUUAUCAUCAUCCAAGUUUCUUUUCCUUUUGGCUAUGACAAUUUGAUUACAAAAACCCCACAACAACUCGGGGACCGUAUUACGAAUUCAAAUUAUAAAAUCACUUUUGUUCCCUCCAAGCAUGGGAUACCUUAAGGAUUUAUGUAUAUAUCGAUGUAUUUGAUACUAUAUCUAACUUUCCAUUAUCACUUUUCCCGCCUUUUUCUCACUUUUCCUUGGGUUGUGUUCCUCAGUAAUCAGUGGAACACCAACCAUCUAAAUUGAUCACAUUUUGAAAUCGGGGAGAACGUGUUUUGAUGAUCUUAAUAAGAAUUCUGCUGGUAAUACACUCUCUGUUUAAGGUUAGCUUCAAAAGGUCCUCUUGUCUUUAUAUUUUAAUAUGUAACUAUACUUGAAUGUGAAGCUUUUUUUUAUACAAAGUACAUAUAAUAUAUAUACACAUACAAUACAUUUUAUAUAUAUGCACUAUAUAUAUUAUAUAUAUUUGAAAUAUACGUGUGUGUAUAUAUUUCUUACUGAUCUUUUCCCAUCUUGGUGUGUCAAAGUUAAUCUCUACCCACAAUUAUUAGAGCCUCUUUAUCACGGUGUUGGUGUUGAUGUCCUGCCUCUUUUGAUGGACUGUGCUACAAAACAAUCCAUGUGCAUGGUGAAAAGUCCAAAGCAUCAGAAUGCUGGGUUUGCAUUUUUCUUUCAAGUUCAUUUGAGGGUUUUAUGCUGCUUUUCUGCAAAGCUAUAAAUCUUCUGAAGAUUUCAUUGAGAAACAGAGUUCAUGCUGUAUGGCAGUAGGAGUUAACAGCUCACAAAGGAGAAUAGUCGCAGCUGUGGGAUAUCAGCUAAACCAGUCAGCUUGUCUCUGCUUGGUAAGUUGGAUACCAGCUGGAGAUAUGGGAAAAGAUAGAUUUAAAACUUCAAAGCAAAAUGUGAUAGAUCUUAUCAUCUAAUUCAGCUUCUUGGGGAAUGAGGUGUACAAAGCAGACCCCAGCUGCGGUAGUCGCUCACCUCUCAGGGGACGCUGCCCUGUCCCAGAGCGUUCCCGUGCGGUUGUGCAGCAGGACGCGCCGCCCGGGCAGUGAGUGCAGCCCUGUGUGUGCCCAGGUGUGCUCAGCACGCUGCUGCUGCCUCUGCAGCCUCCAGCAGCCUCUCUCCAUCUCCUGACAGCGUCUCGUCUUCGUUCGGAUCUGACCCAAAAUGCUCUGGAUUCCAGUAGAAUUGCUGCUUUUCAGUGUAAUCCCUGCAGUGUACCAAAAGGUUUUGCCGAGGCCAGAUCAAAUCAAUACUAUAUAAAUACCAGUGCAAACUGUUUGCUUACAGUUAAUACAGUGAUUGUUUUAAAGACCAUGGAGUUAAUGAUAUUUAGUCGACUAUGAAGACUUGUGUGUAUUAAAGUAUUUGUAUAUUUUGAAGUA